CACAAAAUGAGUAAGAAACUCUAGAGGAAGAGUACUAACCUCUUAAUUUUUGCAACAACCUCGAAGCUAGUUCAAACUAGUGGGAGGUUGUGUGCAUAGAAGCACACCAAAAAACCAAAGCCUUAUUAUUCAAUUUAAUUCAAAUUCAUUGAAAUUCUAACAUCGACAUGGCUCGUGGAAAGGUUCAGUUGAAACGAAUUGAGAAUCCGGUGCAUAGACAAGUAACCUUUUGUAAGCGUCGAGCAGGGCUUUUGAAGAAGGCUAAGGAGCUUUCUGUGCUUUGUGAUGCUGAAAUUGGUCUCGUCAUUUUCUCCGCUCAUGGAAAGCUCUAUGAACUCGCCACCAAAGGGACCAUGCAAGGGUUAAUAGAGAAAUACUUGAAGUUUACACGAGGGACUCAAUCUGAAGCUAUCACUGAACCACGUCCUCUGGAUGCUAAAGAGGAAACCGAUGUGCUAAAACAAGAAAUCGAAACAUUGCAAAAGGGUAUCAGGUAUUUGUUUGGAGGGGGAUUAGGGACACUGAAAAUGGAUGAAUUACAAGUUCUAGAGAAGAAUCUUGAAAACUGGAUGUAUCAUGUUCGCACAAUGAAGAUGAACAUCAUGUUACAAGAAAUUCAAGCUCUCAGAGAUAAGGAGGGAACACUUAAGGCGGCAAAUAAAUAUCUCCACGAUCUGGUUUUGGAGAAUACUUCAGUCACCAACUUUGUUCCAUUUGCUACUGAUACUUCGUACCCUCUAAUUAUACAAGAUGGGAUUUUUCAACUCUAGGAAUUUAGUUGGAAAUUAAACAUUAACACUAUGUAUAAUAUUUUAAUAACAACGAUUGUGAAUGUGCUGUAUAACACGAAGACUAUUGUGUAACAUUGUUCAUGGAGUAUGAACAAUGACUUUAGGUUACUUACAAAAUGUUUUACAAGCUUUGCUGAAAAAUGUAAUAAACAUUGUGACAUUUCAAUACUUUUCAAAAUUAGUUCACAAUGUAAAAAUAA